AUGAUGGCCUCAGACGAUCCACAACAAGGAUGGAAGCGCUUGCUUUCCAACUUCUCCAAAACAGAUAUUGUGGAUCUUGAGAGCGCCAAAUCCUUGCAAUCAUUGCAUCGAAAAGCCUACAGCAAAGUCUAUCGCAAUCAAAUGAAUCAACGGACUUUCUUUUUGAUAUCCGUAGUAGCGUGGAUGGAGUCUUGCAAUUGGUUUGAAGACGAUCCGGCAACUGGAAGAGUCUACGUGGAUCUGGCCUCUGUCAUUGAAGAUAUCUCGAAUACGGAUUCCAUGGUAUCUUGGAUGAUCCCCUCUGUCACCCAUGUUCCAAACUUGGGACGAGCCUUUGAUCCAAAGCAAGCAUGGAUUAGCUUUUGGAUGGGGUACUAUGAUCAAUGCAAUGAAGCAGUGGAAGAAGGUCCACCAAAAGCCAAAAAGAUUCGGAUGGCUUCUUCUUCCCCUAGGACCAGCAAGACGCAAGAGAGUAAACACGGUUUGCCCUGCACCUUGCUCAUGAUUGCACUCUUGUAUAAACAAGAAGUAUCAUCAUCCACUUCGACAAACAUUAAUUGGGAUCAAUUUCAUGAAUCGGUCUUUCGAUCACUGUCGCCACGAUUCAAAUACACCAAGGAAUAUACCAACUCGGGACUCUUUUUAUUUGGACUACACUGCAUUCUUAGCAACAUCAAGAUUGAUGAUUUGAAUCCAUUGGGACUCUUUCAAAAGUACUUGGUAUCAUUGGGCUUCUCCCCACUAAGCGACGCCAUCUUGCAAGUCUAUCUGGAACAGCACGAUGGUUUGAACAAGUACGCUCUGCGGGCUUCCAUUUGCGAAGACCUUCUCGAAACUAUCUACGAAUCGGACGACAUGGACGAUGCGGCGGAAGUCAAACUCAUUCAUGCUUGUUCUACCUUUCUCAGUCAAGAAUCGGCCACGCGAUACCUUGCCGAUUUGUCCUCGCCGAAGGCUGCUGCUGCUGCUGCUGAUGUUGCCGAAUCACGCAAACGAGAUCGCUCUUCAGAAAUUCCAUCUCGUAUUGGGAGUCCUGGAUAUCCCGUUAUCGUGCAGGCUGAAUUGUAUCUACAACAGCAACGAGAAGAAGACGCCAUUGAAUUGGUUUCUUUAUUGGAAUCCAAUACUAACCUUGAUCCAGUCACUGUGGACCAAGGAUGGUUGACCAUUUUUCAGCACUUUUUUAAUCAAGGAGACAUGUUUUUGGAGCGCAAUUUUGUAUCCUCUCCGGAAUACUGUCGUAAGCGCGAUCUCUUGUUCUUUGCGGCGGAAAAAAUGGGGCCCUUGGGACGGCAUUCCAUGUUUUCCUUUUACUUGGACUUGCACAAUGAAAUGGUUGCGAGUCCCGUUGCGACACCCGAUGAGGUGCACUAUGUGGAAAUUGCCUGCCAACAAACACUACUCCGAUUGGUCUACAAGGCUUGCGGAUUGCGAUCCUCCACAAUUGAGUAUUUCUUUUCCGAGACUGGUCGUCAAUGGCCCAGCUUGGUCCCUCCUGGCGAUGGCGAUUGGAAGCUCAUGAAUUUGGAACAAUGGGUGGCCGACUUUUUGAUUCGCAUUCCAGAAAUUCCCGAAUCCUUGAAGAUGCAAGAUGCCUCAUUUGGUGGCAAGGUCGAUUUGCGCAGAUUCAUGACACUGUUACAAAACACGGACCGUCCGGCGGAGGAACCAAUCUUGAUUGAACCUGAGGAGGCUCCCACGCGAGAUUUGCAAGACAGCACUACUGCUAACGACAUGGCCCAAAAUGCUCUGCCUCCACUUGCAGCUCCUGCUGAAACGAAAGAGCCAGAACCAUUCCAAGAUGUGGGGCCAUCGCCCUCUGCGGCUGCGGGCAUUAGUGGUCUUCUUUUUGCUGCCCAGGCUCCAGUACACUCGGACGAGGAGCAAGAGGACGAGACUUUGGGAUACGGCCAAUCUACAAUGGGAGAAGCUGCCGCACAACAAGAGGAUUCGUAUGGAAAGCUUGGUGUCAACAUGUAUGCCCCUACCAACGUGGCUCAAGACUAUGAUGACGACGAUGAAUCGGAAGAAGAGAUAAUCCAAGCGGAUGAGUAUGCAGACGAAGACAAUCAAGAAGAAAAGGGUGGGGACUCUGAUGUUAUUGUUCUGGACGACACGUCAGAAGAAGAAGAAGAAGAAAUUGCUCCGGACAGCGACCAAGAUGUAGAGGAAGAGGAGGAAGAUGUUGAUGAUGUCGCUUCGGCCGGGGAUGUCUACGAUGAUGAAAGCGAAGCAGAGGUCCUCGCUCCUCCUUUUGUGCCUCUACAACAUGAGGAAGGCAGCCGAGGCGACGACGACGAUCAGCCUGUUGGAAGUGAGGAAGAAGAUGACGAUGAAGGUGACGACCAUGACGACGACAAUGGAGCAGCUGCUGCCAUGGAAGCAUCAAACUCACCCAGUAUGUCGUUUGAUGACGGCGGCGAGGACGAUGUUGAAGUUAUCGGCAGCUCCCCAGAGAAGGCUUCGGCAAACCUGUCUGCCGACGACAAGAGAGCUGACAGUGACGAUGUAGAAGCCGUUGAUAGCUCCCCAGAUAAGGCCUUAGCUGCGGCAAACCUGUCUGCCGAAGACAAGGGGGCCGACAGUGACGAAACCGAAGACAUCGAUAAUGAUGAGGAUGACGAUGAUGAGAAGGGAAGGUCUGUAAGCAAAGCUGAUUUAGGUGAUACUACUGAAGAUGAAGGGGAUGAGAAGGGCACUGGAGCAGCCAAUAAGGCGGCGGCAGCAAGCAGACGUGAAGAUGCUAUGGCUGUGGCAACCGAAUAUGCAUCGCAGAUUGAAGAAGGGUAUGAGCCCGAAGACACGCAUGGAUACACGGAAGAAGAAGUUUCCGAAGCGAUGCACACCGAGGAUGAGGAAGAAGAUCGUCGGAAAAAGGAAGAAGCCAAUCGUGUCACCAUUCAAGAGGAACCAGAAGUAAUUGUACCUGUGAAACCAGUAGAUCACAAAGUGGGAAAUUCUUCCGAUGACAUGGACGCUGACGAUGAACACACUGAGCAGGAAGAAGAUCUUGGUGCAGAGUCCUCGGAGCUUGAAGAACAUGGCGACGGGCCAACACCAGUGAAAAAGUACUCUCCAGAGCCACCAAGAGCUCGAGGUGACACGACUACUUUGUGGCAAUACGCUCAAACCGCUCAACGUCAGCACGAGGAAACAUUGAUGCAAGAUGGCAAGGGCAAAUCAGUUGGUUUCGAGGAGGGAACCAAGAAGGGAGACGACGACGAUUCAAAGAAGAGAUCAAAGUCAGACGAUAGCGACGACGAAGGCGGUGAAGCUGGAACGGAAUCGAACACUGUGUAUACCACCGAAACUGCAGAGGCGGAGCCUGCAAAAGAUUCGGAGGAUGACAUGUCAGAGGAAAUGACUGCUCCAGAAGAUACGGAGGAAAAGCAUAGCAAGAGUACGGGUGCAAUGGAUGCUAGUUUUGGUGCCCGUGGCGUACAAGCAGACGAUGAAGCUGACACUGCAGACGACUCACCCGAGGUUCCCAGAGACGAUGCACAUGUGGAAUCACCGAAGGAUGAUGUAGCUAUGGACGACGACAACAAAGGUGAAGAGAAGACUGGAGGCGCUGAAGGUGAAACUCCUGCCAAAGAAGAAAAAGCAAUUGCUGAAGAAUUGACUGCAGCAUCUUCGGAUGCACAGGAGGAAGCUGCUUUCUUGGAUAAAUCCAUCAAUGACGUCGCUAUUGUCACUGAAGCUGUUGGUGCUUCUGAAAGCAAAACUUCAGACAAUGUCCAAGGCCCCUUGAAUGACGACGAUGAGCUAUCAGGCGAGGCUGAGACAGAGGCACCAAAUAAAGCGGCUGUGGCCGACGAAACUACCGAGACAGGAACCGCUGAAAUCCCUGAGAGUCCUGAAGAAGAUCUGGUCUCUACUUCGAACGAUGAAGUCGAAGCUCUGGCAAAAGACGAGAUGCUGGCCGCUCCGAUCAUUGAUACUGCGGAAGAUGAUAUUGCGUCCACUGCGAUUGAUGAAGCCGAAGCGUCAGCAGAAGCUGAGAUCUCGCCCGCUGCAGAAACGAAUGAAGAAUCAGAUGAGAAAAAUGCCGAGCUUGCCAGUGAUAAAAUUGAAGAAGACACCGCCAAUCCAGAAUCUACGCCCACAAAGGACCCCACAGAAGGCUAUAACAACGGAAGUAAGGAGGAUAAAGAAGCCUCUGUGAUCAACGAAAGUUCGGAUAAUAAAACCUGUAAUGUUGCCGACGACGCCACAGGCGAUGACAUCAAGGCAGAUGUUUCGAAUGUUGCUAGUGUUGCAAGCAAUGAUGAAGAGAUUGAUGGAGAUGAAGGACCGCUGGAAGACGAACAAAGUGACGAACCGGUACCUUUGGAAGCGGAAAUUGCAGAAGAUGCCGCAGACCAAAUGGUCAUUGUAAAGAGUAACGAGACCGAAAUGGACAUGAUGGAUGUGGCCGAAGGAGAUCAACAUCAAGUCGCAAUGGCAGAAUCAAAUGUGCAAGACGACGAGCCACAAGAAGACAAGAUGGUUGAGGACGAAGACGAUGUCCAGAUGGGCGAUGCUGCUGCCCCUGGAGAUGAAAUGCAGGUGGACGACGAAGCUAGAAGCACGGAUGAUAUUGAUAUGCAAAGCUACGUGGCGGACGAUGCUGAUAUGGCAGAAGAUAUUCAGGAUCUAGAGAAGAUGGAAGAUGCGCCAAUGAUCGACACAGCCAAUCUGACCGACGAGGCUAUGAACGAGCAAUCCAUGGAAGAUGCCAAUAUCGUAGCAUCAGCACCAGCACCAGCUGUACCAAAGGAAGACGAAGGAGAGCAGGACCAGGAGGAGCAAGAAAACGAAAACGAAGUGGGUCAAGAGCAGGAGGAAGACGACGCAGAAGAAGAGGAGAAAGAAGUCGCCUAUGCUGGAAAGAGUGACGAAGAGGAAGACGAAAGAGAGGAGGACGAGCCCGUUGCCCAGCCUCCUGCCAAAGCCACACGACAAAGCUCCCGUUUGAUUGCAUCUAAAGAGGAGGCCGAAAGUGAAGAGGAGGCCGAAAGUGAAGAGGACGAGCCAGUUUCCCAGCCUCCUGCCAGAGCCACAAGAAGAAGCUCCCGUUCAGUGGCAUCCAAAGAGGAAGCCGAAAGUGAUGAGGACGAGCCAGCCGCCAAGCCUCCUGUCCGAGCCACACGACGAAGCUCACGGUCAGUGGCGUCGAAAGAGGAAGCUGAAAGUGAGGAGGAAGGGCCAGCCGCCAAGCCUCCUGCCGGAGCCACGCGACGAAGCUCCCGUUCUGUUGCAUCUACAGAAAGUGUCGAAAGCGCGACACCCACGAGAAGCACACGCUCACGAGGAAAAGAGACAGAUGACGCGGACGACUCUGAUGAAGGUUCAGUUCAAUCCACUUCCAGCAGGCGAAAAACUACCAGGGCAACAAGAGCUGUAACGAAAAACUCUCCAGCUCGAAGUACACGAAGCACGAGAAGCAAAACUUCAGUAUCCACCAGAAGCACUAGAAAAUCAAGCAGAGCAAAGCUCGAGCCUCCUGUCAUUGAUGAGAAUGCCGAAGCCGAUCAAGAUGGCAGGCCAGAAGUUAUUUUGACAACAGUGAUGGACGACCAGGAAAGAGAUACGAAACUAGACGAUGACGAGGAAGAAAAUACAAAAGCAGACGAGGACGAGCAAUCGGUCAUGACCGAAGCUAGCCAUUCGUCCUCAAAACGAAGCCGUUCGACUCGAAGCACUCGAGGCAAAAAGGCUGCAGAAGAAGUCGAAGAAGAGGAUGAUGAUGAUGCGGGCUCCAAGAAUACUCGUUCAUCUCGGCGAAGUACUCGUUCCAGAAAGGUAAAGGAUCCUGUGGAAGAAGAGGAGGAUGCAGAAUCUGACAAGGAAGAAGUCAAGGAGGAAGAACCAGAACCCAAGCGGCGUGCGACGCGUCGGUCCAGUAGGAGUGCAAAGAAAGAAGACAGCGAUGAUGAAGAGGAUGAUGACCAGUCUAUUGCAUCUACUAUCAGCCGCACCCGUCGAUCCACCAGAGGUUCCAAGAAGAAGCAACUCCCGGAUAUUCCUGAAGACGAGUCCAUCGCAUCCACUGUUAGCCGCACCAGACGAUCCACCAGAGGUUCCAAGAAGGCAGCGGCAGAAUCUACCGAUGAUGAUGAAGCCCAGUCUGUGGCUUCUACAGCAAGCCGCACUCGGCGAUCCACCAGGGGCGCCAAGAAGAAGGCUGAUGAUUCUGAAGAUGAGACUCAAUCUGUGACGUCUACUGCUAGCCGAACGCGUCGAUCCACUCGAGGAAGAAAGAAGAAAGCAGCAGAACAAGACGACGACGAGGAUGACGAUGACGACCAAUCCCUGGCAUCUACUGCCAGCCGCAGCACACGACGAUCUGGUCGGUCUUCCAAGAAGGGCGACGAAGUAUCAUCUCCUGCGAAACGAACUCGUUCCACCAGGGCUGCACCAGCUCGUAAAACGAGAAGCAGAAAGUAA